UCAAAUCAAAUCAAAUCAAAUCAUCAUCAUCUUAUAAUAUGGCUACUAAUUAUAAAGCUUUUGCAUAUCUUCUUAUGCUUCUUUCAGUUGGGACUUUUAAAGCAGUUUAUAGCACGAAAACAUGGUGUGUGGCUAAGCCGUCAUCGAGUCAGUCGAUGUUAUUGGAGAACGUAAACUUUGCAUGCUCACAAGUCGAUUGUGGGAUAUUGGAGAAAGGUGGAGCAUGCUAUUUGCCUGAUAAUCUUAUUAACCAUGCCUCAAUAGCCAUGAAUAUUUACUACCAAUGCAAAGGAAGAAACCCAUGGAAUUGUCAUUUUGGUAACUCUGGUCUUAUUACUCUCACCGACCCAAGUUACGGAGGGUGCCCUUAUGUGUAAAUGAUUGGGAUGAAGAAAAUGACCGAUCGUUAGUUUCAACUAAUGAGUAACCACAUUUUUAGCAAGCGGAACAAUAACGACCAUAGUUUCGUUAAUUGUUAUUUAGGUGCAUCUAGUUAAUGCAAGAGGCUUAAAUAAUCCGGCAUUAAUUAUUAUUUGGGCAUACUUUAUUAAGGUCUCUCUGUUUAGUUAUUUUAAUUAGCUUUCAACUAGCUUAUGACUGUUUUUAAUAUUCUUCAAGGAGCGUUAUAUAUUGGAUUAUUUGGAUAUA